AUGUUAUUAUUGCAACGAACAGGUAGUGCUUGUAUGAGCGAGGAUGGCUGGCCACCAAAUAGUAUCAGUCCGGAAACAACCGAAUAUUUCUAUGACGAUACAUGUGGAGUAGAAGAACCACAGGCGUCACACGUUGUUGGUUGUCAACAGUGUCAUUGUACGCAUCCAUUACCAACAAUGUCCUGCGUAAAAGCAUUGGAAAUGUUUGUGGGUCGCGUAAAUGUAAGUUUGAAUUUUACGAGAAUCAAAUAUAACAAGACAAUAGCUGACGAGUGGCGAUUUCCCAAUGAGCCAUCCAUUAAUUCAUUCGGUGAAGUGGCACCUGUUAAUAUAUUUGAAUAUCUACCCGAUUUGCAAAGUAACCGCGUAAUCUACCUUUACAUUCAACCAGAUGGAUGUGAAAUUGUUGAGCAAUGUGUUAGUGGAAGUGGAUGGCGUCGUCUCCUGACCUUCUCAACAACAACACCUAAUUUUGGAACACAAGAUUUACGUCUUGGCACCGUUUCCUACUUUACAAAUGGGUUACCCAAUGAUGCUAUCACUAAACAUCAGAUUUUCGAAUAUUCUCCAUGUCACAAACAUUUUCAUUUCUCACACUAUGGAUCAUUUACAUUUGGAAAUCUAAAGGAUCAAUCAAAUCUAACAAAUAGCAAAAGAGGAUUUUGCUUACAAGCUGUGUAUCGUCAUGCUAAUGCGGAGUGGAGUCCAUUGAAUCAAGAUUAUUAUACAUGUUCAUUGCAAGGCAUACCAGCGGGCUGGCGCGACACUUAUCAAAGCGGAUUACGAUGUCAAUGGAUUGAUGUCACUUCGAUCGACACUUCCAUUCAAUCUUAUACAGCACCUCUGUAUUCAUCACUGAAUCCAGAUGGAUUUCUUUGUGAAGGUACACCACAACCUGAUACUUGGGUACGUACAGAAUUUAACACGACAUGCUGUUCGAGUCAAGGAUGUUGUGGUAAUUCAAAUGAAACGCAAUGUUGUGGAGGUGAACCGGUGGAUCGAGCCGGAUGUGAAACAUGGGAAGGAGCACAAGAAGAUAACGUAUCAGAAGUAAUGGUGACACUACCAUUGUCAGGUGAAGGACAAGUAACUGAGAAAUGUUGGAAUUCGACUGGGUCAUGGAGUGAAAAGAGAGAUUGUGGAUUGAAGCUACAUCCAAAAGGCAAGUAUUUAACGUGCAAUAAGCCAGGUCAACAAGUAGCUCUCAAGAAUGUAAUUUCCACUGAUUUCUAUCAGGUGGUUCGUGUAUGUGAAGCGUCGAUUGCUCUUCGCUCAGGUCUUGCUUGUAUAUGGAACGAUUCACUUGCCAAUGUUAUUAUCAGUCAUAGAGAUGAACCACGUGACGUCCACUUCAUCUGUCCACCAAAACGAGAUUCUAUUGAAACUGGUGGUCGAUUCGCUGUGUAUUUUGGACCAUUAUUCACUGAACUCACUUUUAGCGACGUAUCUUGGUCAAGUAUUGGCCAAUAG